GGGGCGGGAAGGAAAGGUUGCAGACAUUUGGGAGAUAAGGAGAGAGACUUUUUUGUCCUGUCGAGGUCUCUCUUGUCACAUCUCAGCCCUCCGGGCUCUGACCUCUGCCUGGAUGACUGCAAACCAACCUGGAGACGCUCACAUGAAGGAGGAGGGAAGAAAAUAUUCCGCCUGUCAACCUGCACCACAAAAGCAAUUUUUUUUUUCAGGAGGAGGAGCUGAGCACAGAGAGGAAAGGAGCAGCGAGAGGAAGGCAAAGGAGAGGAGGUGAGGGAUGGAUGAGAGGAGAGGAAAAGGGGGCUGCAUGGAAAUGUCAUGUUAGAGAAGAGUUAACGGUACAGAAGAGGGAAAGGCCAGUGUCACACUGAAUUAGCAUCAAGAGAGAUGAGUAUGAAUUCCAAUGAGGGGUGGAAAAGUUUCCAAUAGGAUCAACUCCCUGUGAAGUCAUGAGUGCCCAAACCACAGGGAGCCCCAGCACAGAAGUGAUGGUGGUCUCCAAGGAGAUGGCAUUGCUCAGCAACAUACUGGCAGCUUACACCUUCAUCGCAGACCAACCUGAGAGGACAGCGCUGGUGUUUCUGGGCGGCGUGAGCAUCGGUCUUCUUGUCACGCUCUGUGCCAUCGUCUUCCAGAUCCACUGUCGGGCCGACUGUCACUAUGGCAACAGCAAACACCCUCGCCAUCAUCACCACCGCCAUCACCAUCACCACCGUCACAAGCGCCACCAGCACCAUCAUGUUUGUCAGCACCACCAGCUGGUAGACGGUAACCUUGACGACACGGCUGCCGUCACCCCAGUGGGUGGGCAGCCGGGCGGGGACAGCGAAUCCGAGGACUGGGAUGAGGCCACAGAUAUGUCGUCACGGAGACGCAGACGCUUUGAGAGAGCCCUGCUCCAUGCUGGCAUGUUUACAUCGGCUGAGGACUUGGACCGGGCCCAGAGGCUAGAGGAGCGGGAAAGGAUCCUGAGAGAGAUCUGGAUGAAUGGACAACCAGACAUCAGCACGGUCACUCAGAGUCUCAACAGAUAUUACUGACAAGACACAUGCGCACGCGUGCGCACACAUGUACACACGCUGAAGGUUGCAAGAGGAACUUAAAGGACACACAACGUGACAUUCACCCUGGAAUGGACGCCAUGAUCUGUCUGAUGAACCUGCUGUUGUUAACAGUAAGUUGACAUUCCCAAUGCAGUUUAAAAGGUGCUUUUGUAUACACUUUGUUGGGAAUGUGUUGCUGUUAAAAACAUAUGCACAGUCCACUCUUGUUGGUAGCUUAGUAAGCUGGAAAAAAAAACAGGGCGUAAUGCCGACAUGACGGUUUGAUUCUGGUGCUUUUACUGUUGUUGUAUUUUGCAUUCUUUAA